AUGAACGGGGUUGAAAAUAAUUGUAACGGUGAGUGCCAUGAAAUUUACCCCACUGAAGAUGGACAUAUCAAACAACGUGUGGGAGAUGAAAGAAUCCUUGAAUCGAAUGGUCAGUUCUGCGGUGCCUUCUACCAUGUUCAUGAAUGGGGCACUAGAGAGCACUAUUGUCUUGAUGAAACAAAUUGCAUUAUCGGCCAGAGAGCGACGAACGAAAACAACUGGCGUGUACAAGCCAAAACGGUAGUCGCUGUUGUAAAGUUCGAAGAUGAAAAUGAAGAAAUUCUGUAUGAAGCAAGAUACACCAACUGCGGCGAAGAGCAAAAACACGCCGAAGAAUUCUUUAAAGAAGACAUAGAAAAUGAAAAUGGAGUAUUGGCACAAAUAGUGGAAGACAACCCAAAUGGGAUUAUAACCUUGUACCUUACGCUUCAGCCGUGCAACCAGUCCACAAGUAUUUUAGGAACAGCAAACACUCCGGCCUGCUGUGAAACACUUACAACCAUCGUUAACGACAUACUGCCACCAGAGAUAACUUUGUGCGUUAAAGCAGCCAACACAUGUCGAUUAAGUCUAAUACCAGAAAACGACCCAGAUGAUGAGACCCUGCGACAGAAUGCUGUAGCUGGAAUAAAAAUGUUGAUGGAAAUUGAACAUGUAGCUGUCAUCUGGAUGGAAAAGGACGAUUGGCACUAUCUUUUUUCCUUGACCAACGAACUAGAGAAUCGCGAAGAUCUAGAGGUUCAUGAGGGCCGCCUCGAUUUAGAUAAAUGUGUUCAGGAUAUUCUCGCUCAAAUACAAGAUGAGAUUAACCAAGAUGAAACUGGUCAAAAUGAGAAUGACCAAGAUGGGAUUGACCAAAAUGGGAUGGACCAAAAUGGGAUGGACCAAGAUGAGAUGGACCAAGACGAAAUUUAUCAAGCUUAA